AUGGAAAGCGACAAGCAUAUUUAUCUCUAUUCGAUUAAAUUCGAUAAGUUAUUACCGAUUCUAACUGGAACAGAAACUCUCACUGCUAUUACGGAGUCCGAGGGUGAUUCAUCGCUCUAUUUUGCAAUGUUGACAUCACAAAUCAGCAAAAAAGAAAACUUUUCGAACGAAAUCGACUGGAAAUAUGUCAUUCAAUAUCGAGAACAUCAAUCUAAAGAGCGUAGUUCGAUUUAUCGUAUUGAUAUCAAUCGAAAACAUCGAAUGCUUGUGAAGAAAGUUUCCUUUCAAAUCAGCGAAUUACUAUUUUCUCCAGCUGAACAAAUGCUUAUUUUGGCAUCAACAUUGCAGCUCUACGAAUAUAUCGAAAAUUUUGAAAUCUAUUCGAUUCAUCUACACAAUGUCACAUUAUUGUCGAAAUUGACUAAUAAUGAACAAAUUGAAUAUGAUUUACAACUAUCAUGUGACGGUAAACAAGUUCUAUAUCAGACAAGAUCCUUCAGCUCGAGUAAUGGAAAAUUUCGUGUAACACAAUCACGACUCUACUCUGUAGAUUUAACACAUGGACAAAUCGAACGGUUAGCAAAAGAUUUUGAAGGUAGUAUUACUGGAUAUGUCACUCGAUCCGAUGGCGGAAUUUAUAUACUUGGUCAAUUAGGAACAAAUGUUCAAAUUUAUACACAACGAUCGUCAUCGAAAUAUUCCAUUUUGAAUCGUGGCUGGAAAGGAACAUAUGAAUUGAUUUCAUUAUCAUCAAUGAAUUCACACGAUUGGCUUGCUUUUGUUCACUCAUCAUUCCGACAACCGAAAGAAGUUUAUUUUGUUGAUAAUAUUAAUGAACUUCGAAUGGCUAAAAUGAUCACGAACGAAAACCAACUUUUUACGCGACGUAAUUUGCCUGAAACAAAAGUCUAUCAAUGGAUCAAUAAUGAAGAUCAUCGUAUGAUUGAAAGAAUUUUAUAUUAUCCACCAGGAAAAUUCGAAUUACAAAAUCUGCCAGUUCUCGUUUUCAUUCAUGGUGGUCCAUAUUCAGCAAGUAUCAAUCGUUUUCAGGCAAGCACAAAUUAUUGGGCCUCAUUGGCUGCAUCCGAAGGUUGGCUAGUUUUAGAACCAAAUUAUCGAGGAUCAACCGGAUACGGAGAUAAAUUUCUUAGCGAAGAUGGCAUUGCCAAUCCAGAUAAUCUUGCUAUUGGAGGUUAUAGCUGCGGAGGGUUUUUGACCAACUGGUUGAUUACACAAACAACACGUUUCAAUGCUGCAUUGUCCGGUGCAGGUUCAACAGAUCAUAUCUCGGCUUGGAAAACAAUGGAUCUAUCUGUACAUCUCAAUUAUUUAUUCGGUGGAUUUCCAUGGGAAGUACCAUAUACAUAUCAGAAUGAAUCACCUAUCUAUCAUUUAGAUAAAGUACGCACACCUACACAUAUUAUCACUGGGGAAAAUGAUAGACGAGUGCCUGCUGAUCAAAGUUGUAUGCUAGAACGUGGCCUCUAUUAUCGAGGAAUACCUAUCAAGUUGCUAGUGUUUCCGAAUGAAGGGCAUUCACUAAACAAAAAUCCUUGA